CUCAAUACCAAUCCUAUAAUAAUACUUUUACCUUUUCCCUUUCACUUUUGUCUUCUAAUAAUUUAACUUCUAGUAGUAGUACUCCAUCAUCUGAUUUCUUUCAUUCUCCCCACACAACUGAGAGAGAGCUAGCACACUCCCAGACAGACAAAGAUAUCACAAGGGACGUACGAGAUAUAUAUAAGAGAUAAUAAUGAUGCCUGAAAAUGAACAACAAUUAGUAAGUGUUCCACCAGGUUUUCGAUUCCAUCCAACAGAUGAGGAGCUUCUUUAUUACUACCUUAGGAAGAAGGUUUCGUUUGAAGCCAUUGAGCUUGAUGUUAUCAGGGAAGUGGAUCUAAACAAACUGGAGCCUUGGGAUCUCAAAGAUAAAUGUAGAAUUGGAUCUGGGCAUCAAAACGAGUGGUAUUUCUUUAGCCAUAAGGACAAAAAAUAUCCAACUGGAACUCGAACAAAUAGAGCAACCAGUGCUGGGUUUUGGAAGGCAACAGGGAGGGACAAAACCAUUCACAUGAGCAGUUCCAAUUCCAAUUCCAAAAGGAUUAUUGGCAUGAGGAAGACGUUGGUUUUCUACACAGGUCGUGCUCCUCAUGGCCAAAAGACUGAUUGGAUCAUGCAUGAAUACCGUCUUGAACAUCACGAUCCCGAGGUGCAGGAAGAUGGGUGGGUGGUGUGCAGAGUUUUCAAGAAGAAAAGUCAGAAGCCAGAGGUUCCGGAAGAGCAGCACUUAGAUUACUAUGCGCAUACGAAGCUAGGUGGCAGUUCUGGUUCGGCGGAGGGUACAGGAAUGGGAGAGCCGAAAAACAAUAAUAAUCAUAUGCAAGAACCACAUAAUAAUAAUGAUUAUAGCUUUGAUGGUUGCAUGCAACUGCCCCAGCUAUUUAGUCCAGAGUCGUCGUCAGUUCCAACGCUACCCAUCUCUUUAAACGCUGCCGCUGCUGCUGUAGAGUGUCCUCAAAAUAUAUGGAGGCUAAGUUGCGGGGUGGUGCAACAUGAGCGGUUGAACACUACUGAUUGGUCAUUCUUGAAUAGGCUGCUCGCUUUGGAUCAACAAUCUCGUUCCAAAUCUACGCUUUCAGAUGAUCUUACUAUUUCCAGAAACUUUUCAUUUCCAUUUCCCUAUCCUUAUUCUCUUCCAUCUGGUCCCGACUUUAUCAAAUUCUCCAAGUAGCGGACUACCUGAUAUUUCUCUUAUUUACUUUUUUUUUUCACUGUUUAAGAAUAUGUGUAGUUAUUCCAUACCUUCUUCGAGGUUCCGUGGAAUUUCGUAAAUUUUAUUUUCAAUACUUAACAAUGGAUUGUUUUUUAAUGGUCAAUUUAGUCUUUUAUA